UUGUCUGCGAAGUCCGAGAGCAGCGAAAGGCUGCGGCGCGCUGCUGAAUUAACUGAUGAGAACGAGUUCUUUUCUUCUCCCGGAGCGGGGGGGAGCGAGGGUCCUGGCUGGCGAGGUGGAGAAGCCCGGCGCAGGAUAGCGGUCCCGGGCCCCCGUGGAAAUUUCCAAGGACUUGGCGCGGCGCGGAGAGCGCGUCUGGGGAGGGUGCCUGGCUGCGCAGCGGCGCGGGAGGCGGGGAGAGGCGGCGAAGGGCGCAGGAGCAUCUCUCAGAAGGGGCCGCCGCGGACCGAGUGUCGGGGAGGGAGCCGAGCCUCUCCCCGGACCCACGCCGAGGGCGACAGUGAUGCUGCAGAACCGGCGAGAGCGACUCGCCGCCGCCGCUCUCCGCGCUCACGGAGACUUCAGUGCCCGCCUUCUGCAGGGGAAGCGACCAUGGCCAUAGCUCGUGACUUGCCCCCAGCUACUUCCUCUUGAAAAAGUUGCAUUAAAAAAAAAAAAAAUCCUUGCUCUGACCUUUGAGGCUGUGGGGGCUGAAGAAGCGUGAGUGCGAGGGAAAGCAAGAAAGAGAAAGGUGUGUGUGCAUGGGGGGCCGGCAGUGGGGACGCCCUCCGCUGCCACUUCGCCUGGAGUUGUGUUGAGGCUCUGGCCCGUGCCCCCCGGGACGUCGGGGCUGAGAUGAGCCCCUGCGGGAGGGCCCGGCGACACACCUCUAGAGGAGCCAUGGCCGUCCUGGCGUGGAAGUUCCCACGGACCCGGCUGCCAGUCGGAGCCAGUGCCCUCUGUGUCGUGGUUCUCUGUUGGCUCUACAUCUUCCCGGUCUAUCGGCUGCCCAACGAGAAGGAGAUCGUGCAGGGGGUUCUACAACAGGGCACAGCGUGGAGGAGGAACCAGACGGCGGCCAGACUCUUCAGAUGCAAUCUUCCUCCCUUGUCAAGUGAAUACACUAAAGAUGUUGGAUCCAAAAGUCAUUUAGUGACUGCUAACCCCAGCAUAAUUCGGCAAAGGUUUCAGAACCUGCUCUGGUCCAGAAAGACAUUUGUGGACAACAUGAAAAUCUAUAACCACAGUUACAUCUACAUGCCUGCGUUUUCCAUGAAGACAGGAACAGAGCCAUCCCUCCGAGUUUAUUAUACACUGUCAGACGUCGGUGCCAAUCAAACAGUGCUCUUUGCUAAUCCCAACUUUCUGCGUAGCAUUGGAAAGUUCUGGAAAAGUAGGGGAAUUCAUGCCAAACGCCUGUCCACAGGACUCUUUCUGGUGAGCGCGGCCCUGGGCCUCUGUGAGGAGGUGGCCAUCUAUGGCUUCUGGCCCUUCUCUGUAAAUACGCGUGAGCAGCCCAUCAGCCACCACUACUAUGAUAAUGUCUUGCCCUUUUCUGGCUUCCACGCCAUGCCGGAGGAAUUUCUCCAACUCUGGUAUCUUCAUAAAAUUGGGGCACUGAGAAUGCAGCUAGACCCGUGUGAGGACACCUCACUCCAGCCCACUUCCUAGGGACAGUGGAUAAAGAAAGAACUAAGCCAGGGUAUUUUUGUUAGGUUUUCUACGUGACUGCAAAAGGAAGUGUUCAAGUCGUUUCAUGGAUUUGCAUGGGACACCUGGAGGCAACAACCCCAAGGGAAACUCUACUUUUAAUGUUGGCUUGGAGGACAAAUGGGAAUUGAAACAUUCUAUGAAAUGUUUUAUAGCACAUUAUGUAUUUGCAACUAGUAGCAGUUUGAUGAAAUGAUUUUGGUAAAGCACAUUUACAUGGUUUAAAUCAAGGAGGUGCAGUUCACAAACAAGAUGGAGCUCUAGUUUUUGAAGCUGAAGAAUUAAGGUAAAAUAAAGGAAAUGCCAGGGCAAAAGUGUUACUGAUUGUCAAUACGAACAGGCUUAAUUAAAAAAACCUCCUUAUGAAGACUGAUAUUAGAAUCAUAGGUUUUUAAAAAAUUAUUUAUUUUUGCCCUAUUUAGGGGCAGUGAGUGGGUGAUGGGGUAGAUUUUAAAAAAUCCCUUACUGAGUAAUAAGGAUACAAAACACUACAGCUGAUAUUAUGAUUUGUUGAACCAAGUCUGUGUUAACUAUAGUCCCCGUCCAUUUAAAAAAUGUUAAAUAAGAAUUGCUCCCUCCCCUUUCGUCCCUCCCCUUGUGUACUUAGGCAAUGAAUUGCUCCCUCCCCUUGUGUACUUAGGCAAUGAAAAGCAUUGUUGAAUUUAGACUGUGUCAAUUCAUAGUCUGGAUAACAUGAACCACUUUCCCUCCUCCUCAGAAUUAAGGGCAAAAAUUCAAUUUUAGGUCUGCAUUAUAUAAGCCUGUUUGCAUUAUUAUUAUUUUAGUGCACAAAGACUAUAACGAUGAGUACAUUAUUUAUUUGCAAAUUGUUUACAUAAUUGUCUUCGUCAUUUAAUGUUCAGAGAUAAAGCACAAUGAUGUAAAGCUUUGUCUCUGGAAGACAGACUGGAAGACUCAUCCCAUUUCUAUCUACCAUGGUAUAUUCACUCAAAGAUACACAUACAUGCACACCUACAAAUGUGCAUAUAUUCAUACAUAUUCAUGUUCUCUCUCUCUGUCUCUCUCUCUCUCUCUUUCUCUCUCUCUCUCAAACAAAGCUCAUUCCCAUGCAACUAUGAAAGCUGAACCCACAUGAUCUGGUAUUUCAAAAAUUUGUAAUCAGUGUUGGAGAGGUACAAAUGUAUUAUGUACUACGCACUACACUUUGCUAUUAGACAAGCCAGCUUAUUGGUUGCUGCUCAUGAUGCUUAUACCAGCAUGACAUGUAAGCCUUACCCCCAAAAUCCUUACCCAAAAUGAGCAGAAUUGUUUUAUUCAUUCUGACUCUCCCUAGCAUCUCAUGAAUGGACCCUAUGUUGAGCAUGGUCACGCAAGGCAGGUCCAUACAAGGAAAGGGAGGUGAAUUAGUAGCUAUCUAUUCUCUGAGUAGCAGGUGGGACCACUUAGAAAGUCCCUCUACUGACAGACUGCAAGCAGCCAGAUGUGUUUACAUAUAAGAGAAAAGUAAAGGAAGCCUUUCAUUGUCUUUGUGCUUUGGGAAUGCCUUAAUCUAAAAGGGGACACUAGAAAUCACUAUCUUUAUUUUUUUUAAGUAUCACCAAAAUGUAGGUAAACUGUGCCAAAAAGUUGUUUGAUUUUUAAUGGUAGAAAAUUAGUACACAAUAUAGAUUAAAAUAGGUGGCAGUUUUUUGUCAGUGAUUUUAAAAGUUAUCAAGAUAACAAUGCCCUUGGAAAAAACCUACAUCAUUAGAAUAGGCAAUUUCUCAAUAAGGUGGACUAUUGAGGUUAUUAUAGAAAUCAGCAGUAGAAAUAUGACGGAUUGACAUAACACAGAUUAUAUUGAUCCUAAGAAAGUUAAGAAUUUGAGUAUUGAUUCUUUGCAGAACUGAUGUGCUAUUUUUAUCCUAUACGGCAGCAAAAAUGUAGUGAGAAUGUACUAUUGAGUGAGCUGUGUUAAAUAUUCGCUAUAUGUGCAAUCCUGAAUAUAUUUCCUCUUUUGAGCUAUUGCUAUUUAAUAAUUAUCUUAAAAAGGAAUACAUUUUUACCUAUAAACUUUAUCAAAAGUAUAAUAAAAGGACUAACGAAAAACAAGUACAAAUGUUAAUAGAACAUCUGUCACUCGAAUUAGUGCUUUAAUUGUUAAAAUUGUUAAAAUGUAAUUAAUGAGCUCCAUAAAGCCGAGGCAUCACAAUUCCAUUGAAAUUGCUGUCUGGAAAUGUUACAUCUUGUUAUGAUUCCUCAGAUAGAUUUGUGCAAUAGAUUUGUAUAAUGUUUAGUCUAUAAAUUUGUGGCUUUUGAAAUGCAAAACAGAAAUAUCCCAAACUGAUAGUGUUUAAUUAAACCAGAGCUUCUCACCUGGGGUGACUCUCUCCCCCUGCUGGUGACAUUUGGCAAUGUCUGGAAACAUUUUUGGUUGUCAAGAUUUGGCCGGUGCUACUGGCAUCUAGAUAGGGAUCCUGCCAAAUAUCCACAAUGCACAGGUCAGAUCCCCCACAACGAAGAAUUACCCAGUCUAAAAUGUCAAUAGUGCCAAAGUUGAGAAACCCCAGGUUAGACUAAAGUGAUAUUUUGAUUGUUCCAGAUUGUCUUCACUUAAGGGUACACAUACGUGCUUAUGUCAUUCAAAGUAUGACUCCAAUUGAAUGAGAAUAUUUUCUUAGAGUAGAUUACAGUUUGGUAUUAUUUUACAGUGACAACUCAUAGUUAUGCCACAUGUAUUUCCUUUUCUGUGGUUAAAUAGAUGUAUCUAAACAUAGGGCUGUGAGUGUGGGUGCUUGUAUGUGUGUGUGCAUGUGUGUAGAGUAACUUAUGCAUCUCUCUUUUUAUUAAAAUACAUGUGUCCUAAAUGAGGAUCUCUCUACAAUUGUCUUGCAGAGUACUCUGGAAAAUUCUAUUACUAUUAAGAAAUCGAAUUCUAAACUUUUAUAGUUUUAUUUUGUUUUUCUGAAAUUGAGGCCUUCAGAAUUGUGCCUCAUACUUUGCCAAAUUUGGUCAAUUACAUUUUAAUAUUAUUGACCCUUAAGAUUCAGCUCAGAAGAUAUUUAGGUUACGGUAGACACAUGCAAUAAGAAAUAUUUCAUCACUUUCGAUACAUCUGCCAAGAGAGGACAUAACCCUCUAACAUCAGUCUAAUUUCUAAAGUUAUUUUAGUGACAAAAAUUAGGUUGCUCAAUGGGGAGAAUAGAGGAGGGGAUGGGACUGAAAAUGAGUACCUAAUGAGACUUUGUAUUAGCUUUAUUAGCUCCAAUUUGAGAAUUGCAUUGAUGCGAAGGGUCAUGAAUGAGGAUGACCUCUGUUUAAUUUUAAUUACACUUCAGUAAAGUUAAGAUAGGUGAAGGAUUAAGUCGUUCCAUAAGAAAGAAAAUUUUUCAUAUGAAAGCUUUUUAUAUGGAAGAGGACAUUAGACACAUAAGCUUUAUAUAGAGUAUUUGACCACCCGUUGCUAUAACAUUGUGCAUCUAAACGGCAAGUAAUUUGAGAAGUUUAAGAGUGCUUUCUGGAUUUGGUUUCUGUUUAGCUCACUUUUAGCUGUUUUAGCAAAGGUAAAUGAUCCAAAAUGGCAGAUGUUUAGACAAUACUGUGUAUUUGGCUGUGUGAGGUCUCAUGCCCUUUUUUUGGCUAAAAACUUUGUUUAGGUUAAAUAUAAAUUGGACCUGAAGCAAUGGACAACAUGGCUUAAAAAUCUACUUGGAAAAUAACUGAAGAAACUUUAGGAUUUUAAAUUUGCCAAAAAUAUUCUUAGAUCCAUCAAAAGCUUUACAGGAGUAUUCCUAUAGAUGAUUCCAAAUGGAAAUAUGAAUAACAUUUCUUUUUGUCAGCAACUCUGGUAGUUGUAUACUUUAUUAUGUACAAUCUCUCAUUUCUUUGUUUGGAAAGUCGCUCAGCUACAGCUUUAAUUUUCAUGUUUAAAAAUAUUGACAUUGUGAAACUUUUAAGUGACUAACCCUUGUGAGGAGGGACCUAAGUGGAAGAAAUGUCACGGUCUACUGAAAACUUUAGGAAAUUCUUCUUGUGUUGAAUGAAAUCUUUUUCACUAGAACCAGGUAAUAUCUGUUUUAUGUUUGUAGGGUUCCAAAGACCAAAGCUAUAAGGACUUUUGUGGGAACUUGAGAACAAGUAUGUGGAGAAAUAAGGACUGAAAGCAAUACUGUGCUUUGUAUGUCUUCAUCUUCCCAAUGUAGAGGGUGACUCUCUGAUUACAUGACUUUUGGUGGGUACAAAUGAGGGCUGGAAUUGAGUAAACAAGUCCAGGCACCUACAACUUAAAUCAAGCUUCUGAUGAGGUCAGCAGUAACCAUUAACUAAAUAUGACUAGUAGUUUUGGCAACUUCAAUCCGCUGUGUGCUCUGGAGAGGAUUAGGCAAAUGGAAAGGAGAGACAACUUGACUCGCAAGUUCUCAGCACACAUAGGACCAGAGAAGUGUCUUCCCUUGACCUUGGGUUCCCAGCACUCUCUGUCUCCAUCCAAUACUGUGAAACUGGCCUGGGGCUGAGCUGGUAGCCUUGUGACUAAAGAGCUGGUGUGGAAAUUUGCUUAAAAUUUUACACUGCCUUAAACAGGGUUUUUUUUGCUGAUUUUUUUCUUGUGCUCUCUAAAUUUGGGUGUCCUGUGACAGAGUUCUGGUCACCCUGACCUAAUUAUGGCCCUGCCAGUGAUUAUUAAAAGGGGGGCUUUUCCUCCCAUUCAGAUGGAUUUUCUGAGUCUUUGAAGGUAGGGGGAUAGCACAUACUCCGCCAGUUCUUACAGAGCCUCUUUGAAAGCUCUGGAGAUGAAGCCCAAGGAACCCUGAAGCCUAGGGUGUCUGUGUAUAAACCCCCAAAUGUGAGGCCAUGAUAUUUAUGUUGAGUGCAUGGAAGGAAACAUACGUAUAUGAAUGUACAAUUGGCAUAGCCUUUUUUCUUCCUAUCAUAAGAAAAUGGAUACUAUGGGUACUACCCUCAGCCUAGUCUUGUCUUUUGAAUUUCUUUACAUACACCUUAGAGGUGACAGACUGAAGCAAGUGCAUGAAUGGAAAACUCAUUCAAACACAACAAAACCUCUGCUUGUCUUUGAAAUAAGGGAAAAAAUAUAUGGUUCUGUUUCCUUUUUCUAAUUUUCUUCUGGCGCCAGCAUUUCUGAUUUCUUCUAGCUCUAACAAAUAAGGAAAAAAUAACUUAUAAAUUGGCUUAUGUUACCUGUGAGCAUUUGUGUGAUAGCCAAAGCCCAUAACUAUAAUUUUUUUAAAGCAGAAAAGAGGAAUUAUAUUUUGUUUAUGGCCACUCAUUUACUACCUCCUCUGUGCUCUUGUUAAUCUAUACAUUGUUCUGAAUUUUUUUCUGAUUUUGCUUUCCUGUGAAGCUGUGGGACAUCAAUGUUGCAAAGUUGUCUAGGCAUUUUAGAGAAUCAUACCCAAAUAUAUUGAUCAUGUCUCUUUCUGCUUCUAUGUAAUUAGAUUUUUCUCCAGAUAUUUGUCAUUUUAAAAGUGUGUGCUUCACAUGAUACCAAUAAACACCUACAGAUGUGGUUUUAUCUAGGGCAGAGAAAAUCAGGAGUCAGAUAUAUCUGUUUUUAUCUGCACAGUAAGAGAAAUGGAGAAUUGUAAUAUGAAGAAAGAUUUAACCAAAAUGAAAAAAGAAAGAAAGACACAAAUCAGCGUUUUAAUUGUGAAGGACCAUUAGGAGGGAUCUGAGAAGGUAGUUAAGCAGAGAGCACACAGGCUUUUGUCCUUGAGUGCAGGCCCCAAAAUAGAACCUUUUCAAACAUUUUAAAGGAAAUAUACUGUCAUGCAGUUGUUAUGACUGAUGAUGAGAGACGCUAGAGGAAGCAGUGGGAGAGCCAGAUUGUGAGACACUUAGGGAAGAAAACAGAAGAGGGGCGCCCAUUUACCUACCAAGACUCCCACAGUCUAAAUACUUCUCCCCUUCCUGCCCACCUACACAUUGUGCUUUCCUUGCUAUUUGAACCUGAGUAUGCAAACACUCCCAUUUUUAUAUCCCCUUUUCAUUUCCAUUUUGACACAUAGUACUUCCAAAAUAAGAUUAUUUAGAUUUCCUGUCGUGAUGAGGCAGCAAUAGUAAGAAGUAUCACCUUGAACUUGACCCUUUGAAACAUGGUCAUCUUAUGCGAUGCAUAGUGAGAGUUUAAAAGCUUUAGUCCCCUUCUCCCACAAUUACUUCAGUAAGAGGCUUUUAUAUGAAUUAUGAUGUAAGCAGACUUAGAUGCAUUUUCUCCCUUAUGUUCUAGUGUAUACACAUACACACGCGCACACACACACACACACACACACACACACACACACUUUGUGUUAUUUAUGCCUAUUGAAAACAGAAAGACGUCUGACCUGGAAGGGGGUGGCAGAGGGCGCCUUAACUUUUUCUGGCUUGGCUCCCACUUAUCUAUUUCCUUCCUCUGUCUGGGUCACUUUAGAGGUAUAACCAAGUCUGUUCCUUGUGUAUAUCUGUUCCAAGAUAUAACCAAGUUGUAUCUUUACCAUCUGCAAGAACUCUUAUAAAUGUAGUGAAUGUGACUAUUUUAUAUAAAUGCACAAUAGCAUAUAGGCCUUGGAGACAUCUGAUAAUAGUAUGUAAAUAUCCCUUGUUGAAGUAGUAGAACCUUCUCAGAAGGAGCACCUUAGGGAAUACCUCCAAGAGGAUGCAUAGGUUAAGAAUGUUUUUUCCUGUGAAUUCUAGCAUUCAUGGAAGCAAAGAAUCAAUUAGCUUUUGUUUCUCAUUCAUUCUUAAGCACCAAUCCCUUGGGCUUUCUUGUUCAUAGUUCCCUUCAUAAUAUACAGGAUUCACAAUCUGGGGUGAUUGAUGGCCACUGGGGUACAUCAGAGUGAGAGACACUAGAAUGAAGAUGGGGAAAACAGACAAGGAUAGCUCCAUUACAAAGAUUGACUAAUUUUUAAAAGGUCUGGAAUAUUUUUAGAAUUCUAGUUACCAUACAGCAUAGUUGGUCUGAAAAGCAUUGAAAAAGAGAGUUUCUCUUUGAUCUCUAAUUCAAUUAUUGCACAUUAUAUAUUAUUCCCCAUAUUGUGCAAGCUGUUUUUUAAGAGCAAAUUUGCAAAGGCUGGAGAUAAGAGAAAAAUAGAGAAAUCAAAUAUUCUUUCUCAGUGUAGCCUGACUACUAGUCCAUGAAUACAAUAAUUCUAGAACAGAUUUUAGAUUAUACUAUUAAAUGAAAUCACCUUUGAAGUGUACAUGGAAAUACUUCUUUCUAAUAAAGCCACAUUCCACUGGCAGGAGAUGUAGAGAAAAUCAGUGCUCUUCUUUUUCUUCUUUUCUUCUUCUUCUUCGUCUUUGUUUUUGUCUUCGUCUUCGUCUUCUUCUUUUGGUUAAAAAAGAGUUUCAAGUAAAAUGGAGCAGGUAAGAAAAACUUUAAUUGGUACUUCAUAUAGUGUGACUUGAAAGUUCAGUACCUAUUUCUUCGUUCUGCCGAGUUGUUUCUUUCCACAGAAUCUAAAUGCGAUGUCAUGGGAGGAGGUUUGCUGUAAAAACAUGUCUUUUUCUUUGGUGUGUUCAUUGUAAUUAUGGCUGGUAGUGAGAAGGUUCAGUAAGUCUCAAUUUCUCUACCUCCCUUACUUGGAGAAAACUUGGAAAUGUGCCCUGUGAAUAAAAUGAUUUUUUAUAGCUUGUGAAGUCUUUUUAUUUCCCUGAAGCGUAUGGGUAAUCCUAUUUCCUUUUCCAUUCCUCCUUUAUUUUGUAUCCAUGUGAGCCACACUGACAUUUUUUUUUUCUUCUGGAUGAAAACUAAUGCUGCUUAGUGAGAAAAUUACUUUAGAAAUAUAGAACUACAAAUGCUGUAAAUAGAAUAUAAGAACACUAGUGGUACCUUUUUUGUGGGUGAAAGGAGCUAUCUAUUGGGCAAAAUAAAAUAGAAAGAAAAUUGAACAUUUAGUUAAUAUGACAUAUGUACAUGAGGAUUUUUACAGCAGUAAAUUUUUUCCUUUAUAUAGUGAGUCAAUGUCAGUAUGUAUGUCCCGGAGAUAAUUUAAUAAAUCCCUAACAAGAUUAAAAACAUUUAGAUUUUGCUUCUGCUCAUAUGGGUGACUUUGACAAGCCCAAGUGUGCCUUCUGGUCUGAAUUAUUUAACUAAUUGCUUCAAACUCCCAUUUCCCUUGGGCUCUCUUGGCCCAGUUCUGCCAGAUGCUUCUCAGAGGGAGAGACAAGUGACCUUGGUCCAUGCUUUGUCAUACAUUUCUCCUCAGAAAUUGAUCAAGUUGCUUUGUGCAGAUCUCCUUAUUAAUUCCUUGACUUCAUUCUCUCAUAGCAUCCUUUUGGGCUACAGCUAUUUUAGGGAAGGACAUUCUAUUACCUAAUGUUAAACCUUCAUGGUGUUUAGCUGAAUCAUUCAGGGGUGAGGGCAGGGGAAGACAGAGUUCUAGUAUAAAUGCGGGUACCCUAACCUAUUCUCAGACCAUUUAAGGAAAACAGAUUUAACUUGUUUUCAACAACUAUCAUUAAGCAAAAAAAAGAAAAAAAUCUAGAUAAUACUGAGUCCUGCUUUUCUACUUUGUUUCGAUUUAAGCAUUCAAAAACAGAUAUUACGAAUCCAAAGGCAUUAAUUACUCAAGAAUUCCUAAACCUAAAAGGAGAGUAAUUACAAGUCACAGACUAUAUUUUUACAUGAAAACUUAUUAUUUUGGAUACACAGUCAGAUUCCUGAUGAUAUGAAGAACUAAAGAUAUAGGCUGAUUGAACUGAAGUUCAUUGUGAAUGAGCAGGAGACUGAGAAGGAGACCAUGGGAUGAAAUAGAGGCCAUAUCUAAUUAUGCUUAACAUUUAUAAUUGUAAGAAAUAUCUUGUUUCUGGGAUUUUGAAAAUAUGGGGAAACAAGCCCUUUGUUAUGUCUUUUUUACAGAUUUAUUUCUUUCUUCCCUAAGAGUCAUGGUUUCCAUGCGUGAAUUAAAAAAUCAGCUUCAAUAUUUGGGAAAUUUUCCAUGAUAAAUAAUGCAAUCAAAAAUUAGAUUAAAAGCAAUCAAGAGUCUAUUGGUCCCAAGAUAGUCUUCAAUCAAUAAGAUUUCAACCUUUUGUGUGGGAGAAAGGGGGACAGUAAGGAUGGAGUAUUAGUAUUUAUUUGGUGAGUCCAUUGUAAUCAAUUUCUACCAAGUCGAUUAUCGAUAUGGAAAAUGGUUUUCUUUUGAGGGCUCAACAUUGGCUUUUGCUAUUAUUUGUUCAGCGCUCAGCAGUGAUGGAAGCCAGGCAAUUGAUUCAAUGCAUAACCUCCAUACCUACUAUGAAAACCACUUUGUGUAGAAGCCCAUUGAGAAAGCAGUGGUGUAAUUGAGAAAAGAGAUUAACUAGCAUCCAUUCAAGAUACUGUUUUGUCUGGACCGCUUAUAAAAGUUAAGACUGAGAUAGGGCGGUUAAUGCUUUGAGAGGUCAAGUGUAGUUAUCAGUGCUUUCCAUCAUGGAGCAUGCAGCUAUUUGUUCUUACCUGAAAUAGACAUUUAUUCUAGAUAUACCUUUCCUAUCCUCCAUGCUCCUGCCAGCACCACCAUCUAUGAACUUACAGAAUGACUUAUUUACCGUAUUGGUAUCAUAUUACAACAUGCAACAUUUUUUUUGACCAAGGGAUAGCAAAAUAUGCUUAUGGAAUUAAUGAGCAUUAUUCUUUACCAUAUCAUAUAGUGUGUUCAUUCUCACUGGGAAUAAUACUGCCUCCACAAGAGGCAAAAAGUGGUUGUAUGGGGCAAAAAAGUCUUAGAUAUUACAAUGAUUAGUGAAAAAUAUCUUAGAAGUUUUCUUGGGGGUAAAGAGAUAAUGAAAAAAAGAGAAAUGGGUGAAAUGUUUUCUUUCUUUUUUUUUUAAUAAAUUGAAUAAUUUUUUUUUUAAUCCUGUAAAUUGGUAUUUAAGCCUAGAAGCUUGUUCAGAUUCAGGUUCAAUAUUUUUGGCAAAAUAACUUUGUAGGUGGUGGUGUUAUUAUUUGACAACCUUAAAUUAAGAUUUACAGGGUGAACAACUUAUAUAUAGUAGAGAUUCUUUUUUUUUUUUUUAAACUUUAGUUUGAAGGGACACAUAUCACCAAAAGGAUCUAUGCUUGCUGUUUCUCCACUUCCUGGACAUUAUUAAUUACUGAAGCGUGAUUCUAUAAAAAGGGUAUUGAACUGGGGUCCAGAGACUGAAUUAUCAUGCCAACUUGGUCAGAUCUUUUCAAGUCCUUCAGCUAGAAAAUUCUAAUACCUAUGAUACCCCUUUACUCAUUAGUUUAUUCAAUUCAUGUUUUCAUUUACUCAGUUAUUGAAUUCAUUGAAUAAGCAGUUUUGAAGCUUCUGGGCCUGUCAUUUGCACAGGCCCUUUGAAGUCCCAGGAAACACUUUAGCAACAUAUCCACAUGGUCACAUGUUUUUGUAAAAUUUACAAAAAUAAGACCUUUAAACUACCACCAGUUAACGGCUGUGUCUUUUUCACUCCAACUUCCCCUCUGUCACACUUUCCCUCUGCUGGUUAUGUUGGAGUGGCCGCCGGCACAUCUGAGAUCUGGUGAAGAGGAAGUUGAGUUGGAGAAUCUAUUUAGUGAUGGCUUCUUGGGAGAAAAAUCAAGUUAGAGAAAUGAUCUAGAAGCUGCUGCCUUCCAGAGUUGGCAGGGCCUAAUAUGACUCAUGCUAUGGACCAUCUCACAGACAAUGUCUAAGGAGGCUGUGUACCAUCUUACAAAAUGUGGUGUAUGUUUCGGACAGUGACCAAUUUCUCCCCUAUUUAGAUAUUGUAUCAUAUUUAGAAUAUUUGGAUCUGGGUACCAAGGGAUGGAAGUAGGAGUGACUCCCACAAAUUGUGACAUGUUGCGCUUUUAUUAUCAUUUAAUUCAAAAUAUUUUUGAAUUACCUUGUGAUUCUUUAACCCUGUGUUUUCAGAAGUAUGUAUGUUAAUUUUCAAAUAUAUGGGGGACUUACUAGUAUCUUUAUGUUAUCUCAUCUUUUUAUCUCUUUCUAAUUUAAUUCUGUCAUGAUCAGAAAGUAGACCAUGUAUGACUUUUAAUUUUGUAUUGGAACUAGUUUUAUGGCCCGGUUUUAAUGAGUCCUUCAAAAGGAUGUAUGUUUUAUAGUUGUUGGCAGGAGUGUACUAAAUAAACAUGUUUAUUAGGACAAGUAUAUUCUCACUGCCAUUUUAUCUAUUCUUCUAUUAAUUACAGGAAAAGAACUGUUAAAGUCUCCUAACAUGAUAUGCCCAUUUCUCCUUUAGGUCUAUAAAUUUUCACUUUAUAUAUUUUGCAGUUCUGUUACAAAGUACAUACACUGAGGAGCCUGACUCCGUGCUAAACAACUGUGAGUGAUCCUAUGCCUGACUACAGACAAUGGGAUGACAAGGCUUUGCAUGGCAGGACUCAUGGAGAGAAGCUGUGUUGCCCACACCAUACUUACACACAGCCAGUGCAUUCAUUUUCUGGAGUGAACUGCAGUCAAGGACACAGGACCAUCUGGGACAGACAUUCUCAUAUGCAUGCCUGCAUUUCUAGCCCAACACAUUUCUUUGAAGGACUCUUUAUCAGGGGUCUCAACUGAGGCACUUUUCUCUACUUUGGCUCAGUACCUUUCUACCCUCCUUCUUCCUGGCCCACAGGUCCAUAAAGAGGCAGGAGCCUUUUGUUUAGGGCUCCUUGGCAGUGAGACAAUUCC